AAGCGCAUGCGAGCUGUUGCAAGGCGCCCAGUCUUCAAGUUGCUCUCAAUGAAUCAACUCCUAUCCAGAAAGCUUCAGCAGCCAAUCUACUCAGGGAAACCAGCUACUAUCAAUUUUGGGUGGAUUCGCUGCUUGUGCAGUCUUGAGAAGCGUCCAGCAGCGUUUAGAAGUUCCAACUCUGGCGGCUUUGCAACGAUGUGACUUUACUAGUAAAUGACAGCCGUUGUUCCUGUGUUUAUUGAUCAUUGGACGGUGUAGUGGUCAGCAGGAGACAUGCCCGCCGAUCUAUCAGGCUUUAACCGCUCCGCGGGGGAAGUUCAGAUCGAUAACACCUGUGCGGCGGCGGCGGGGCAGGCGGAGGAGCAGUUUCAGCACUAUGGACAGUUCUCUUCCAGCGUGUCUAUUAUUCUUGCGGUGCUCAUGGCGCUCAUGGUACUCGCUACUGUCUUGGGAAACGCUUUGGUCAUCCUUGCAUUUGUAGUGGAUAAAGGUCUCCGUACUCAAGGGAAUUUUUUCUUCCUGAAUCUAGCCAUUGCUGAUUUUUUAGUCGGUGGAUUCUGCAUCCCACUUUAUAUCCCUUAUGUGUUGACUGGCCAGUGGAAGUUUGGGAAAGGCUUGUGCAAGUUGUGGCUAGUAAUGGACUACCUUUUAUGCACUGCUUCAGUUUUUAACAUUGUCCUCAUCAGCUAUGACAGGUUUAUCUCCGUCACCAAAGCGGUUUCUUACAGAGCACAGAAAGGAAUGACAAGGAAUGCAGUGUUCAAAAUGCUAAUUGUUUGGGUGGCAGCCUUUCUUCUCUACGGCCCAGCCAUUAUCACCUGGGAAUACAUUGCAAGAAGUACUAUCUUACCAGAAGGGGAAUGUUAUGUAGAAUUCUACUACAACUGGUAUUUUCUGAUGAUAGCUUCUACGGUAGAAUUCUUUACUCCAUUCAUCAGUGUUACCUAUUUUAAUCUAAGCAUCUACAUUAAUAUCAAGAGGAGAACUAUGAUGAGAAACGAAGAGAUGGCCCAAGGUCAGGAACAUUGUGAGUUGACUUUUCAAGGGAAGAGAAAAGAGCACUUAAUUUUUUUUGUGAAGUCUGCAGACGAGGCCUAUAUUGAACCUAAAAAACAAGGUGGCACUCUAAGCCCUUCAAUGCCUUCUGCUGCAGGAAAUGGUGCACAGAAACUUGAAAGCCCCAUGUUGGAUCUGAAUAUAAAUCAAGACCUUCCACCACUUCAGGUUGAGGUUUCAGCCAAGAAGUCCCAGGACUGCUUUUACAAGUCAGCAGAAAAUGCUUGCACUAAUAUGAGACCAGACAUGGCUAGUAGCAUUGCAAACCGUUUCAGGCUAUCUCGAGAUAAGAGAGUAGCAAAAUCCUUAGCCAUCAUUGUUUGUGUGUUUGGGCUAUGCUGGGCACCGUAUACUCUGCUGAUGAUCAUCAGGGCAGCCUGCCAUGGUCGUUGUGUUCAGGACUAUCUCUAUGAGAUCUCAUUCUGGCUGUUAUGGCUGAAUUCUGCCAUUAAUCCUGUACUUUAUCCUCUCUGCCACAUGAGCUUCAGAAAAGCUUUCAUGAAGCUCCUUUGCCCUGCAAAGGUGAAAAUACAUCCACAUAUUUUCAUGUAA